AUGGCUUAUUUGACAAAAGAUCUCAAGCGGUUUAAGAGAACAUUCAAAGUGUAUGUCUUCUUUGUGGAAGACGGCAAUACAAUUAUAGCUCCGCCAGAGAUAGAUGAGAAGGGAGAGAAAACAUCGCUCUUUGUCGGUGUGCAUGCCGAUAUGCAUGGUGGAGUCAAAGAGGUUAAGGUGUUCAAUUGGGUCUUUCUUUCCAGUAGAGAGUUUGUGGGUGAUGAUAACAACGACAACGGUGGCGAAAGCAAUGGUUGUGAUGGUGGUGGUGGCGGUGGCGAUGCCAAUAAAGGGGUGUGGAAGUUGGGUCGUAGUGGUAACAGUGGUAGGGGUGGCGGUGCCAAUAAAGGGGUGUGGAAGUUGGGUCAUAGUGGUAACAAUGGUGGUAGGGGUGGCGACAACGACGAUGGUGGCAAUUGUGGUGGCAAUGGUGGUGGUUGUGUAUAUGGUGGUGAUGAAGGCGAUGACAGUAACGAUGGUAGUGGCAGUUGUGAUUUUGGUGAUAGUGGUGGUGGUUGUAGUGGUGGUGAUGGUGGCGCCAUUAUGUAG